AUGGGCGAGGCUCCCGCCGCCGCCGAGGGAGGGAGAUGGGGAGGCGGGGGCUUGGGGGAGCGACCCCUGCCAUUCGGCCUCUACUGCACGCACGUGUGCCUCUAUUUUCUUCCUCCAUGCCCCGGGCAGGCUCUCCAGCACUGGCCGGGGGGCCCCGUUAGGGUCUCAAGUUUCCCCCCCCUCCUGGCGAGGCCCGCGGACAUCCGACGGGAGCGCAGCACCCCCUCUGUGGGGCUCAAUUUCGGAACUCUUGGGGGUACCGCGGCGCCAGCAACCACGUCUGCUUCUUCUGGUGGUUUUGGAACUGGGCUCUUUGGAGCUAAACCCGCCACUGGGUUCACUCUAGGAGGGACAAACACAGGUAUAGCAACAACUAUCACUUCAGGAUUAACUCUGGGGACGCCCGCCACUACGUCUGCAUCCACGACAGGCUUCAGCUUAGGGUUCAGCAAGCCCGCAGCAUCCGCCACGCCGUUCGCGCUGCCCAUCGCUUCCACCUCUGCCAGCGGGCUCGGCCUUUCCUCUGCUCUGACCUCGACUCCAGCAGCAUCCACAGGAUUUACUCUAAAUAACUUGGGUGGAACAACAGCUGCGACCACAACUGCGUCCACAGGGCUUUCUCUAGGGGGAGCCUUGGCUGGCUUGGGAGGCUCGCUCUUCCAGAGUACAAACACUGCACCAUCAGGACUUGGACAGAAUGCUUUGGGCUUGACUUUGGGAACCACAGCAGCUACUUCAACUGCGGGCAACGAAGGCCUUGGUGGUAUAGAUUUUAGUAGCUCAUCAGAUAAAAAGAGUGAUAAAACAGGAACAAGACCAGAGGAUAGUAAAGCACUGAAGGAUGAAAAUCUGCCUCCUGUCAUCUGCCAGGAUGUUGAAAAUCUCCAGAAAUUUGUGAAGGAGCAAAAGCAGGUCCAGGAAGAAAUUAGUAGAAUGUCUUCCAAAGCAAUGCUUAAAGUUCAAGAAGACAUUAAGGCUCUGAAGCAGCUGCUUUCGUUGGCUGCCAGUGGAUUACAGAGAAACACUCUCAACAUUGACAAGUUGAAAGUCGAGACUGCCCAGGAGUUAAAGAAUGCUGAGAUAGCUUUGAGAACCCAGAAGACACCACCUGGGCUUCACCAUGAAAACACAGCUCCUGCUGACUACUUCAGAAUCUUGGUUCAGCAGUUUGAAGUACAGCUUCAGCAGUACAGACAGCAAAUUGAAGAACUAGAAAACCAUCUUGCCACUCAAGCAAAUAAUUCACAUAUAACCCCUCAAGAUUUGUCAAUGGCUAUGCAGAAAAUUUAUCAAACAUUUGUAGCUUUAGCUGCACAACUUCAGUCUAUUCAUGAAAAUGUAAAGGUACUCAAGGAACAGUACCUGGGCUAUAGGAAGAUGUUCCUGGGAGAUGCCGUAGAUGUAUUUGAAGCCAGACGAGCGGAAGCCAAGAAGUGGCAGAACGCGCCGCGCGUCACGACGGGCCCCACCCCAUUCAGCACCAUGCCAAACGCAGCCGCUGUUGCCAUGGCUGCGACACUUACACAGCAGCAACAGCCUGCUCCAGGGCCACAGCCAUCUCUGGGAGUUAGUUUUGGAACGCCAUUCGGCUCAGGCGUUGGCACUGGCUUGCAACCAAGUGGCUUAGGUUCUUCGAGCCUUGGAGGAUUUGGAGCUAGCUCUGGCUUUGGAUGCAGCACCACAGGGGCCUCCACAUUUGGAUUUGGAACAACAAAUAAACCCUCAGGAAGUCUUAGUGCAGGCUUUGGCAGCUCAAGUACAUCUGGGUUUAACUUCAGUAAUCCCGGCAUCACGGCAUCAGCGGGCUUGACAUUUGGGGUGUCCAACCCUGCCUCUGCAGGCUUUGGGACAGGAGGACAGCUCCUUCAGUUGAAGAAGCCUCCAGCUGGAAACAAAAGAGGAAAAAGAUGAACAUGACUUGGUGUUGAGAAUCCCUGCAGCACCGCUCAUCCUAUGAGUCUAUUUUUCUAAUGAUGCAGUGAUGAAGUUGCAUCCCAGGAGAUUUAUAAUGUUUUGAUAUUUUUCCCUACUGUGGAAUUUGAACUUUGUUCACGUUUGCCAUACUGAACAUCUUUUUUCUUGUGAAUUUAAAACCCAGUUAUGUUGUUUUGUGUUAAUUUGAUUCUCAGUGUAAGAAAUGUUUUGAUCACAUCACUGAUUGCUAAUGGUUACAGACUGUUCAUCUGAAACCUACUAUUUAACCUACUGUUCUUAGCAAUGGCUUUGUUGAUAAGGUUGACAUUAUGUGAAUAUAUGCACAUUUGUUUCUUACAUGGAUGGUAUGAACUCUGGCCUCUGUAGGCUCAGUGCGCUCCUUGACAGUGGCCUUUGGCAGGAGCGCUGCAGGACAUCUUGUGAAUAUGUAUGUAGACUUUUACAGAGUAAUGCACAUAGCAGUGUGUGCAUAUACAGUGUAUAUUACAGACCUGCAGCUUUGCCUCAGGCUGUUCCUCUUCCUAAGGGUAUUCCACUUCUCACCGUGAAAGCUUCCUAUCCUCAGUGCUUGUCGAGGAGGAACUGGAGGCUCCAGGUCCUCGCAGUGUUGCUUCACGCCCCCAGGCUCUUCCACUUUUGUCUCCUCCUCAGCCUUGAGCAGCUUCUCCAGAUGGGGACGCUGGAAGACGCGCGCGCACACACACAGAUCCAGCUGCUCUUACCAUCCCACGUGUCCUUAUUUUGCUUCCGAGAGAUGUGCUUUCUUCUCUGAGAUGGGCCUUCAGGAGUCUGUUUGGACUCCAGACUUGAGUUCUGGGGCAAAGAGUUGUUAGCCACAUCAGUCCUGUGCAGGCGAAGCUGCCCUGUCAGCCUAGCAAGGACUGUCCUGGCUAUCCCAGGCUGGAGUGCUUUCUCCCAGGGCGAUCGACACUGACACCAGAUGGCUGGCCUCUCUGCCUCCUCGUAUCUUAGGCGAGUGCUUAAUUUGGAACAGAGGAACAAUCUAUUUUAAGAAAGAAAAGUAUUCUUUGCAGCAACUGUAAAGUCCCCUCUGUUGUAACAGUGAACUGAGCUCCCGCUCCAGGUAAUUGCACAGACAUGUCAGGCUGCAUCUGUUGAAUACUUGUCUGUUAGUAUUUGGGAUGUCAGUGGGUAAAAAAGAAACCCUUGGAGAGAGAACUGCCUUAGCCGUGAUUUCAGAACAAGACCUUUAGGUAGACCUCUUUAUCUUUCCAGUACAGUUUUCAGACGGAUGUGAACAUGGAAUUUCAUUGAAAACAGUUUAAUUUUUUAUAUAAAAGGUUUUGUACAUAAUGUGCAUCAGUGAGUAUUUUCAGAAUCAUUUUCACCAAGUCACCUUUUUUUCUAAAAUAGGUAUUGCAUAUAUAUACACACACACCACACGCACCCACACACGUAUAUUUUUUAGUAUAAUGUCAGUUGAAUUUGAUUAUAAAAGUGUUGUCAAAUCUGUUUUAUUUAUCUGCAUAUAGCAAUGAUUGACUUUUUUGAAUUGACAUUUUUGCGUCUUGAUGCAUUGAAAUAAGAAAAAUUAUUUGUCUCUGAGCGCUAAACUUGUUUUUAUUUUUGCAUAUGUCUCUAAUAUUGCAAUCCCCAAAUCCAGAUCAGAGGGGAAGUUAGGAAAAAGAUGUGAUUUUGUGUUUUGAAUUACUGUCAGAAUUACAUACACAGUUACAACAAACUUUUUUUAAAAAGGACAUUGCAUUGUACUUCAAAGAUCUGAAUAUUUAUAUUUCUUGUCUUUUUCUUUAUAUAUUUUACAUUUUAAUACGUUGAACCACUGGAAAUUUGUAACAGAUUAAUUUGUGAUAGCUUAAAUGUAUGUCACUGUCUCCAUUGUCUUCACUUUGUCCAGAGCCUAUUAUUAUGGAAACAAUAAAAUUUAUUGCGACAGUUGCCUUGA